AUAAACAUUGCGACCUGACCCUCAGGGCUCUCAGUGAGCCAAGGAACGUCAACGUGAGUCAGGCCGAGUAGUGUCAGCGUUUGCUGUUACAACUGUAAAAUACGUAUUAUUUACCAGCAUUAAAAGAUGCGCACACUAUGGUGAAGCAUUAUCUUGUUUCACAAGGAGGAGACGCUAAUCUGUCGCUCUGACAUCGACCUUUACCACCGGAAACCCGUUGGCUCUGGCAGCUAACGCAAGCUAGCUAAGUUAGCUGUUACAUAUCGGUUUUUUCCAUGCAGCUGACCUCCACCACAACACAGACGCACUGAGUAUCGUUUGCUUGCUAGGUUGGGGUCAGUAUUCCCCUUUUUCUUCACGUCCGCUCCCGUUGUCCCCGUGUGGUGUCCCGUGGACGGUUCCCGAAUAUGAUACAUAAUGAGUCAAAGAGAUACCUUAGUUCAUCUGUUUGCUGGAGGAUGUGGGGGCACGGUAGGAGCCAUAUUGACUUGUCCACUGGAAGUAGUGAAGACCCGUCUGCAGUCAUCCUCCAUCACCCUCUAUGUGUCUGAGGUUCAGCUGAGCACCGUCAAUGGGGCCAGUGUGGCCCGCAUGUCCCCGCCAGGCCCCCUGCACUGUCUCAAGUUGAUAUUGGAGAAAGAAGGACCUCGCUCACUCUUCAGAGGCUUGGGGCCAAACUUGGUGGGUGUGGCACCUUCCAGAGCAAUCUACUUUGCUGCUUAUUCUACUGCCAAAGAGAAACUGAACGGUGUGUUGGAACCUGACUCCACACAGGUACACAUGGUGUCGGCUGGAAUGGCAGGUUUCACAGCCAUCACAGCAACCAAUCCAAUAUGGCUCAUAAAGACCCGUCUACAGCUGGAUGCUAGGAAUCGAGGUGAGCGCAAGAUGAGUGCGUUUGAGUGUGUGCGGCGGGUGUAUCAGACAGACGGCCUGCGAGGCUUCUACAGGGGAAUGUCGGCGUCCUACGCCGGCAUCUCAGAGACUGUGAUCCACUUUGUGAUCUAUGAAAAUAUCAAACGCCGCCUCCUGGAGGCCAAGGCGCCACAGAACAUGGAUGAGGAAGAGGAGGCGUCCAAAGAUGCUUCUGACUUUGUUGGGAUGAUGCUUGCUGCUGCCACUUCCAAGACCUGUGCCACAACUAUCGCUUAUCCUCAUGAAGUGAUCCGCACCAGGCUACGCGAGGAAGGCACCAAGUAUCGCUCAUUCUUCCAGACUCUAAUGACAGUGCCCAAAGAGGAGGGCUACCGCGCCCUGUACCGCGGCCUCACCACCCACCUGGUACGACAGAUCCCCAACACCGCCAUCAUGAUGUGCACCUACGAGUUGGUGGUCUACCUCCUGAACGGUUAAAGUCUUCCCCCACCGUUUAGACUGUAUAUGUAACCCUGCCCCCGUUCGGAUAAUGGAGAAAAAAGAACGAGAGCAACUGCACACCAGUUAGCACAGCAACCUGCUCGCCACAAGAGGACAGAGACGGCACGAUGACCUUUGUCUUAGUGAUGCAAGCGGUCUUUAAAUAAGUUGGGAGUUUUGUUUUACAACCAAAGGGUCUGGCACAAGACGGAGGUUUGAAAUGAUCCUUCCAUUGGUCUGGGGAUGUGGGUUUAGCUGCGGCAAAGAAACAGUUUCCCUGUUUUUAUUUUCAUUCCAUCCUUUUCUCCCUUCGGUUAUGUAUGUUGCUCGUGCAAGCUCAGUCUCACAGUGCUGACGAAAGAAACAGAGUUACAGUAUAUUCUGCCUCUAACAAUACUAAUAAUGAAAGAGAAAUACAGUAAUUCCAGUCCUUACUACAUAGUGGGUAUAAGACCCAUUCCAGCUGUAGUCUUUUUUUCCCAUGCUGAUGAUCUUUUUUUAAAACAUUUUUGUUGUCAUGCAGUGUUCCCUGCAUUCCCCAGAGGCCCAGAAUACAACGUUGCCCAGACUCAGUAGUGAGCUGAAGUCUCUGCAGAGCGUUCAGAAGUUAGUAUGAACAAGGAGAAAUCAGUGCUUUGGCUUGUUGAAGAAGGAUGAACAGAAGAAAAUGGGUGGAGGAGAGGAAGGAGGAGAAGGGGUGACGUGCCUUGCGUGGAGACAUGAUGUAGACUUAAGGUGCACAGUGGCUGUAGGAGGAGGUGGAGCUCUGGUUGACCUGUUACAACAAAGGAUGUAGAAAUGUAGUUGUACACUGGUAUUGUGUGAUUUCAGGUGCCCUUAGUGAACCUUUUACAUAUCGUGAGCAUAGACACGCUCACCUAAGGGUUUUUACUGGCCUAAUGCUGGUCACGAUAUCCUCAUAAUGCAGGAAUCUACAUGCAUUUACUGCUCUUUACACUACAUACUGAACAUGACGGAUAUCUGCUCGCCUAUUACAAGUGAUGCAUAGUCUGCAUAGUGACAUCGACCUACGUACAUGUUUGUGUGGAAGAUAAGUGAUCAGUAUGGUUAGAUAGAGGGUAAAAAAAUCACCAAACUAAACCAGAAUAUAAUCCACUAUUCUAACUACUGGAAUGUACAUAACAGGAAGGAAUAACUUUACUAAAAGCAAGGAAGUUAAACACUGACCCAUAUUGUGAAUUUAAAAAUAUAUAUAAUUAACUAAUUUUAACAAAUUGUAAUAUUGAUAGAUAUAUAAAAUACCUAGGUAGGUGAUUGUGUUGCAUUUGUUUGCCUGGUUAUGGCAAAAUGCAAAAACAUUUAGUGCGUUUCCUUUAGAGGAGAUGGGAUUUUGCCAUUUGUUGUCACCUUCUUCUCAAACAAUGAUGUUGUUCUUGUUGCACUUUUCACUGUUUUUUGCUAGAAUCCUCAUCUCAUCUCUGUUUUUGUUUGUUUUUGUUUUUUUUUUUUGUUGGUUGUUUUGUUUUUUGAGAAUCCAGGCAAGUUUUACAGGCGAGGACAAUCCUCUUGAGUUUACUCUGGAAAACUUGUUUCAGUUUAAACCAGUGUGUGGAGGAAGUGGUCAGCAGUAUGCUCCUCUUAAGCGCACAUUAAUUAAAUGCAGACCAGUAUAAAAAGAAAAGUAAAAAAAAAAACAACCUGUAACUGUUUUAUUGAUUUCUGUCCAUCGGUUAGUUGAGAUUUUAGAAAACACAAUCACUGCAUUUCAACCGUUUUUUUUUUGUCAGUGGUUUAUGUAAUUAUGAACGUCCCUCUCAUGGAAUGGAAGGUGCUUGAUCUCUGCUUUGGACUUUUUUUUUUUUUUUUGGCAUUUUCAUGUCGUGUUUCAAACUGUACAAGUGACAGAAACUGUGUUUUGCUGUGACCUCAUUUAUCCUAGCAACCACAGAAGUAACUUUCCCUCAGUAGUCACAUGACCCAAAAACCCAGCCUGUUGAUAACUGUGUGCAUUUUCACCACUAACUGCAAACUUAAAAGGGCCUGGCUUCGCCCGCAGUGAUAACGUAUCCAAACAGUUGACUGCUUCAUAGGUCAAAGUGCUGGUGUGCAGCAGUAAGCAGUGAGGGCAUUUUUGGCAUAAUAUGCAGCUCAACUACACUCACUCUCUUAGUGCCAUUGUACUUUAGAUUGCAUUGCAUUCCCCAGAUGCUUUUCUCUACUGAAAUAACUGACGUGAUCCUCAAUGUGAACAGUGAACAGUUUUACAGCACACAUGAAGGAUGCAUUAGAUUAGCCUCAUUGUACAGAUCUUAUUAGAGAUGUGUUCAUGCUUGCAGACAGUGCCAUCAACGCACACUAUUCAUGUAGUGAGAGUCCAUGGGUGACUCUGUUGCUGCUAGUAGUGAUUGGUUUGUGUAUCAUGGUGCUGGCUACACUCCUAUGGGUUUAAAACGGAAUGAAUAGUGUGAGUUGGUUGUACGUAAUGUGAUUAAAGGGUCAGUCUACCCAAAUAAUAAAGCAGUUUCUCUCUUACCUUUAGUGGCAUUUAGCCAUGCGGAUAGUUUUUCCAGGUCAUGAGAUAUCUGUGCAUCAUCUCAGCAUAAAGUUAAUGGAAUUUUGAUUCUGUUUAGUUUUUCAAUGCUGUGAGAACCACAAACAGAAUUCCUUCCAACUCUGUUGCAAUGAGAUGGCGGUUGAUAUUUCAAAACCCAGAGUAAAAAAAAUGCCAGAGGUGAGUCUGAAAAUCUGAUUUUUUUAAAUUAAUUUUUUUCUUAUUUGAGUGAACUGACCCUUUUGACUGUAAAUUUCUAUGCAUCUCUUUCACUUGUAUCAGUGUCUGUUAUUUGUCAAAUGAUGCAUUCUUCCCUGUGCGUUCUAUGGUUAUUGUUUUGCACCCACAUGUUUGCAUUGUGUGCCUGUGUGUGUGCGUGUAUGUGCGUGUGUUUUGUGUGUGCUUGCUUAAAUGACAGUCGUAUGCCAUUGAGUCGUGUUUUGCGUGCAAGAGACCAUAGGAGUAUGUAUGCACUCAGAAGAAUAGCUGCAAACAGUGUUGUUUUUAUCUCUUAAAUAAAUUGUUGCCUUUUCCUGACACCCUUUGUUUUUUUGUUUCGUUUUUUUUCCAUGUUGUCAUUGAUGAGCCAAGUGUGAGUUUGGCUUAGUCUAUGCAUUCUCUCAUACCUGUUUUUGUAAAACAAAAAGUCAAUAAAAUGGAAAGAGUGCAAGUAUA